ACAUUGAAAUUCCCAUAUUACCCUCCACUAGCCACGUUUCAAAACCCCGGAACGGCGUUUCGGUAGGGUUGUACCUUAUUCUACCAACGUUGUACCUGUACUGUGUAUGCGCGUCAACAAGAUGGAUUAAAUUUUCUCCAAUUCUUUUUUGGUAGGAGACUCUUCUCCUCUCUCUCUCUCCUUCUCUCUCUCUCUCUCUCUCUCUCUCUCUCUCUCUCUCUCACUAUUCUAUUUAUCCCUUUAACAACCGUUUGCUGACACCGCCAAGCAAAUUCCUCUCUCUCUCUUUCUCUCCCUCUCUCUCUCACAAAAAACACAUACGCCGCAGUGAGAAAUAUAUUUAAAUACAGGCGUUGUAUGCAUUUAUAUAUGAAUGUUUGUUUUAAUUAAUUGAAUUAAACAAUUCCUCCGUUUGAUGUUCAACGCGUUAAUUGAUUAUCUCCAGGGAAAAUAGUGCGUCUAUGGGUGCAUGAUUGUUGCUACUGAGGUCUUCAUAUCUACUGAGUCUUAGUGAACUGGAUAAUAUGUCUCCUGAGACAUCUUUUGGCCAAAAUGAUGGUGAAAUCCAGGAAGAGUCAUCUGUAGUUGAUCUGGAUUUUGGCAUUGUAAAUUUAUUUGUUUCUCCAGUACCAUAUGAAUCUUCUGGUGUGAGAGGUGUUGAAUCAUCAGCAACAAUGGCCACAUCAGAUGUUCCAGCUGCUGAUGUUCUUGUUUCAGCUUUCGACUCCAUCAGCUUUGCGGAGCCUCUUGACCAGAGAAAUGAUAUCUCAAUAAACACCAGUGGAACUGAUGCUGUUGAUUCUGUUUGUCAAGCUGAUCUGCUUGGACAAAGAACUGAUGCGGGAAACAAUUCUAGUAGAAUUGAUUCUUCUGACUUUGCCAGGAGUGCUGAACCGUCUACUCAUGGUGAAUCUGAGUCUGUGGGUGAAUUAGACAAAAGCCAAAAACUAAACCAACCUCUAAUUGUAUACACAUCUUCUCGAAGGAAGAGUACUCGCAAUACUAAUUCGAAAUUAAAUCAUAACAAUGAGCCCCGAAAAUCUUCCAGAAGUUGUAGAAGAAUUGCCAAAACACAUCCUGUAUUAGAUUUAAAUCCCUUGAAAAUUUUGAGAAGAAGGAGGAGUUUAUUCUCCAAGCAGGCUCGAUCUUCUGGCUGGGGUAUCCUGGAUAAUAUCUUGCCAGCUUUUGAAGAACACAGUGGGCUUAAUCCAAAUUUAGGUAAUGAAAAAAAAUUGAAAAGAGUAAAAUGUGGUCAAGGAAAGUGGAAUGCUAUCGGAGACACAGGUCAAACUUCAGUCCAGAAAAGCUCAACUCCAAGUGGUCGCAUCUCUUUGAAGAUUAGAAUUGGCAAUCAAAGCUGUGAAACGUUCAGUGACAUGGGUAAUGUUACUGAAACCAUUGGACCAAAGAAAAUUAUUCCUGGUUUAUCUGAAAAUAUGGGAAUGAAGUUCGGGGAAGAAUUGCCUGGAGAUAUUAUUAUCCAUGAAAAGAGUGAUCACAUGAGAGCUUCUACUGAAAAUAGAUGUUCAGAUCCGGGAACUUCUCCUGAUUCAGAGGUUAUAAACUCUGUUCCUGAUACUCUACUUCUUGAAAAAGGUUUCUCAGAUAUGCAAAGUUGUCCAAGAAUUCCAAUGGAAAGACAAAGCCACGAAUGCUUGGCAAACUCUGUUCCUGAUGUUUCGUUUGGUGAUGUUUCAAGUUUGAGAUUUCCCCAAGUGAAAUCUAAGGAAGGAAAGGAGAAAGAUAAGCACAUUCAGUUUGGUGAUUGUAGUGUGGAAAACAAGCUAACCAGUACAGAAACCACAAAUAUUUCCCAUGCACCUGCUGGACUUGGACCGGGGCAGAAAGUGAAUGAUUUAUCUAAUUGCACUGAAAUGAAUCCAUCUUCUGGGCUUGUUGCUGCAAUUGAGCCCUCAAACUCACAGGUGGGUGACACAUUCGUUCCUUGUCGCAAUGGGCACAAAUUCCCUAAAUAUUCUGGGGCAAAGGGAGGGCGUAAAAGCAGGUCUGGAAUCUUGGAUUUGCCCCGCAAGAAAGAUAAAGCCUCCAAAAAGAAGGGUGAUAGAAGUAAUUCAGUAGGCAAGCAUCAACGUUAUGAGAAGGGUGAUGGUAAUUGCGUCAUUGGUGGAGUGGAGAGCCAUCUGGCAACAGGGAAUCAAACAUCAUCUGAUCUUGGAGAAAAUGAAGACCCAUGCAAGGGUUCCAGUGGACCCCUAACCAGUUUGCAAUUACCAUCUGAUGAACUAAGGGAUCAAUAUGUUCCACCUAGGAAUGCGUGGGUGCUUUGUGACGAUUGUCAAAAAUGGCGGAGGAUACCAGCUACACUUGCAGAUCAAAUUGAAGAAACAAACUGUGGAUGGACUUGCAAAAAUAACACUGAUAAUGACUUUGCUGACUGCUCAAUUCCUCAAGAAAAGUCAAAUUCAGAAAUCAAUGAAGAGCUAGAAAUAUCUGAUGCUUCUGGUGAGGAAAAUGGUGGUGAUGCCAUGCUGAAGUCUAAUUUAAACAGAUCGAAAGCUGCCGAAAAUCCAUCUUGGUCUCUUAUUAAGUCAAACUUGUUUCUGCAUCGAAGCCGUAAAACUCAGACUAUCGAUGAGGUGAUGGUUUGUCAUUGCAAACCUCCAUCAGAUGGCAGAAUGGGUUGUGGAUCGGAAUGUUUGAACCGAAUGCUCAAUAUUGAGUGUGUUCGAGGAACCUGUCCGUGUGGUGAAUUUUGUUCAAAUCAACAGUUCCAGAAACGCAAGUAUGCUAAACUGAAGUGGUUCAGGUGUGGAAAGAAGGGUUUUGGUCUUCAAUCUCUUGAAAAUGUAUCUGAAGGACAGUUCCUUAUCGAAUAUGUUGGAGAGGUACUUGAUAUCCAUGCUUAUGAAGCAAGGCAGAGAGAGUAUGCAUUGCACGGACACAAACAUUUUUACUUCAUGACGCUGAAUGGGAGUGAGGUAAUUGAUGCAUGUGCCAAAGGAAAUUUGGGACGUUAUAUAAACCAUAGUUGUGAUCCCAACUGCCGAACAGAAAAGUGGAUGGUGAAUGGAGAAGUCUGCGUUGGACUCUUUGCUGUUAGAAACAUUAAAAAGGGUGAAGAGGUUACAUUUGACUAUAAUUACGUACGCGUUUUUGGCGCUGCUGCAAAAAGAUGUGUAUGUGGUUCACCUAAUUGCCGGGGCUAUAUAGGCGGUGAUCUAACGAAUUCUGAAGUAAUUGUUCAGGGUGACUCAGAUGAUGAACAUGCAGAACCUGUUAUGACAUGUGAAGAUAAAGAGAUGAAUGACGAUUGGAAUGACAUAAUAGCAAAUUCCUUGCAUGUAAGAGAAAAUGGAAGUGCAAGCAUGGGUUCAGACCCUUCAAUUAAAAAAGUGAGUGUUGGUUCUGCUUCUACGGAUCAACGCUGUAAGACUUCAAUCGCGACAGAGGCUGUGGGGAUGAUGGUUCAAACUAAAACUUCUGUUAACGAAUUUGUCUCUACUGCGGCUGUUGGGCUGUUGGAUACCAGCAAAGACACUGAAGAGUCCUUGAAUACUUCCGAGUCAGUUGGUUUUGAGGUUGAAUCUGAGGGCCUUCUGUCCCAAAAGCAUUCACCUGUUCAACUCCUUGAUGUUUCCUUUCAAUCAGAGGGUAAAGUUAUGAAAAAAGCAACGUCUUCAACUCUGCGUUCUGCUUAUGAAUCGGAAGUGACUACUACCACGUUACCUGGCAAGACACAGCCAGAUACAAUCGAAUCUAAGAGAAAGUUGAAAUAUGGUACUCUUGGCGGGAAGGAGGAAUUAGCAAAGUCUGCUUCUGUUGCUAAGACUCGCCGUUCAUCAUCAUCAAUUAAAAAAGGAAAACUUAAACCUAAUAUUGUGAAUGAAAAAGGAACUUCUGAUGUGGAGAGGCCAAAUGCAGCAGCCCACAAAUCUAAAAAGUUACCAGAGCUUUCCUUAAACAGUCAUGUUGAAACAGUUGAGGAGAAACUGAACGAGUUGCUUGAUACUGGUAGGGGAAUUAGCAAGCGAAAAGAUGCAUCAAGAGGUUACUUGAAGCUUCUAUUUCUAACUGCUGCAUCUGGGACUAGUGGCAACCGGGAAGCUAUACAGAGCAAUCGAGAUCUUUCAAUGAUCUUGGAUGCACUCUUGAAGACAAAAUCUCGGACUGUUUUGGUUGAUGUAAUCAACAAGAAUGGUCUGCAGAUGUUACACAACAUAAUGAAGCGGUACAGAAAGGAGUUCAUUAAAACUCCAAUUCUGCGCAAGCUUCUUAAGGUUCUCGAGUAUCUUGCAAUUAGAGAGAUUCUUACUUUGGAGCACAUAACUGGAGGUUCACGUCCAGGAGUGGAGAGCUUUAAAGAUUCAAUACUGACGCUGACUGAACAUGCUGACAAGCAGGUGCAUCAAAUUGCACGGAACUUCCGGGACCGUUGGAUUCCGAGAUCCCACAGAAAAAACUGCUUCAUGGAAAUGGAUGACCGUAAGAUGGAAUUUCAUCAGCGUGGCUAUGGUAGGUUAUCGAACGAUCAUUGGAAUGAUCAAAGUGGGAAACCUGCAGAAGUGGCAGAAUGUCGUGACACAGAAAUAGUAACUGCAUCGCUUAGUGUUGAGACUUCUACACAGAACCACUCUGCUUCUGGUUGUAGUGCUGGAGCCAAUGGAACAAGAACACGCAAGCGCAAGAGUCGAUGGGAUACCCCACCGGACGAAAACCUGCAUUCCAGAAUUAGAACAAACAUGUCAGGUGACGGAAAGACAGACAGUGAUGACGAUGCCCCUCCUGGAUUUUCAUCUCCCUGUAUUGACUCUGUGGUUCCAGCUGAUACUUCUUCAACUGCUUUUAACCGCCAAGGGAGAGAUACAUGCAUAAAGCUUCCAUUUGAUACAGUGUUGGGAGAUUUACAGCAGAGAUAUAUUUCAAGUAUUCCUCUCUCCUAUGGAAUUCCGUUUUCUCUCAUGCAGCAGUGUGGGAAUGCAGCUCCAGGCUUGCCGUUCCAUCCUUUUCCUCCAUUGCCUCCACAUGCCCAUAACAAGGGAGACCACCGACCAACAUCGGUGGCCGAAUGUGCGUCAUUCAGUGAAGUUGCAGAAAAAUCAGAACAAGAUAAUAAUAAUAAUGCUGCUUGUGUUACUCAUCACUCUGGUGAAAAACGUCCAUUGUCAUGGAGCAUGGAUCCACCAGAAAUGAAUAAUUCAGCGGAAAACGAUCGGCCAGAUUUUCAGCGGGAAGGAGGCGGCGGCGGUUCUUAUAGCUUGGGAAGGAAAUUCUUUAGGCAGCAGAAGUGGAAUCAUUCAAAACAGGUACCACCUUGGGUUCGAAUGAGAAAUGGUUGGGGGGGCCAUGCAGGGAACACAAGAAAUGAUACGGCAGGUGUGGCUUUUGGAAAUGGAACAAAUCAAUUUAGGAGUUGUGAUGAUUCUAACUGGAGAGGAGAUUUCUAGACAUUGCAGUUCAUCAGCAUUUGUUAUUAAAAAAAGAAAAAGAAAAAUCAGCAUCGUUUUUAUAGGAGAUUUUUCAAGGAGCUUUCAAAAUCGUUCAAUGCUCCUUUUUGAUGUACCCUUAAAUUCAUUAUCGCACAGUUAUACUAAUAGUUUAAAUAUUCUUUUAUAUCUUCGUCUCUAGGCUAGAAUGCGCCCCCUGUUCUGCAAAUAAUAUGCCCCGCGUUCACUUAA